UCUACGAUAGCUUUACGUGUUGCUCUCGUUCAUUGAGUUUGCGGGUGAAACACAGUUUAGUAUUCGUGUAAAAGUUGUACCUUUUUUCAUUUUUCAUUGUUAGCUGAGAUAUGUAGAUAUGGCGGUGGUUUUGCUGCAGGUCCUCGAACGGACGGAGGUGAACAAGCUUCCGAAAGGCGUUCAAAACAAGCUCGAGAAGUUUGUGACGGAGCUGCAGAAUGCUAACGAAGUGCUCAAGACACAGCAUGAGCGCCUCAAAGCAGACAGCGAGCAACAAUACUUUGACAUUGAGAAGAGGCUGGCGGAGGGUCAGGAACAGAUGCUUUCUGCCACCAGAGAACUACAGACCUUAAAGGAAGAAAAUAAGAAGCUAAAUGAGGAACUGUGUGCUCUGAAGGGAAUAGAGGGGGACUCCAAUGAGAGUAAACCAACUCAACAGCAAACAAAAACUAAGUAUGAAAUUGAAGCAGAGAAACGAGAGUUGGCUCGAGUUCUGGAGAAGAAAACGCAGGAAGUGGAGAAUCUGACAGAGGAUAUGAAGCGUCUCAAUGAGAGGCUGACGGAAACCAGCAAAGUGAAGAUGGAGCUGCAGUUGAAACUGGAUGAAAUACAGUCGUCUGCAGCCUCUGUGCAGCAUCGAGAGAAACGGAUGGAGCAGGAGAGGGAACUUCUGGAGAAGAAGAUUGAGUGGCUGACAGCAGAGUUGAAGACAAAAACGGAAGAACUACUGAACACAGAGAAAGACAAAGGCAGCAAGAUUCUGGAGCUGCAGGCCAACCUCAAGAGCAAAACCGAACAGGUGCUCACAUUGGAAAGUCAGCUGACUUCUCUGAAAGAAACCCGUGAAAGUCAAAGUCAAAGAGCGGAAGACCUCAACAGCAAACUGAAGCAGCUGAAAGAUGAGCAGAAUGCCAUGGAGGAGAAAUACCGCAAUGAGCUCAAUGCCCACGUCAAGCUGUCCUCACUUUACAAGGGGGCAGCAACUGACAUGGAGGUCAAGAACCAAGAACUAAACAGAGCGGUGGAGGAGCUGAGCAGGCUGGUUAAAGACACAGGAGAAGCCAACAAGGCUCUUGAGAAGAAGGUCUCAGAGAGUGAGGAGCAAAAGAUGCGGCUUGAGGCAGAACUUAAAGAGAAGAUUAAGAAGAUGGAGAAAGAGCUGGAGAAUGCUACAGUGAAGGCAGCAGCCAAGCAAUGCUGUGUGCCUUCUCUGACGGAGGAGCAGCUGAACUCGAUGUGUCCAUCAGCAGCUGCCAUCGCAGCCAUUGUCAAACCUGGCAUGAAAUUCUUUGACCUGUACAAUGCGUAUGCUGAGUGCCAAACACAGCUGCAGCUGGAGAAGCAGGAGACAAAGAGGGUGAGCAAAGUUCUGGACGAGAUUGUCCAUGAAGUGGAGUCCAAGGCGCCGGUCCUCAAGCGGCAGAGAGAGGAGUACGAAGGCAUGCAGAGGUCCAUGGCCUCUCUGUGCAACAAACUGGAACAAGCUCGUGCUGAGAUCUACAGCCUGCAGAAGGAGAAGGAGGAGGCCAAGCAGCGCUGUGAUGAGCUGGAGAGAGACAAACUGAAGACUGAAGGACAGCUGGGGGAUACAUCUUCACAGUUGUGUGCUUUGCUGGUGGAGCUGGAAGAAGCCAGAGGAAACCAGGUGACCAAAAGCGACGGCUGCUCGGCUGACAUAUCGAGCACCUCCGAGGAUGUUGGCUCUGGCCCGUUGACCUUCCGCAGUGUGGUGGAGCUCCAGCGGCAGAACCAAAGCCUGCUGGGAAGGCUGCGGGAGCUGGAGGAGGAGAAAGACAAACAACAGGCUAGCUUCACAACAGCACGAAUAACAGAGUUGGAGUUAAGUGUGGACAAGCUUCAGAAGGAGGUGGAGCAGCUAAGGGAGCAGAGGAACCAGCAGAAACAGCUGGCCGACUCCAGCGCCAGGCAGAGAGACAUGUUCAAGGCGCUGCUGACUCAGAGCACGGGCUUCAGCCUUCCAACUCAAGGUCAUGACCCCUCCCCGCAGCCCGAUCGUCCCUCGGCUCCAGCCACUCGCUCCACCCCACAGAGAGCUGCAGCUGCAGAGGCUGCGCAGACGGCUCAGACCAAAGCCGCUUUAAAGCAGCUCAACGACGCCUUCACUCUGUACAAGAAGGAGAAGGCAGAGAAUGACCGGAUGCUGAACGAAACAAACGAUCGGCUGCAGAAACAGCUGACAGAGCUGCGCUCCAGUCACGCCAAACUCACGUCGCAGCUGGAGUUCAGCAACAAGAGGUAUGAAAUGCUCCAAGAGACGGUAGCGGCGUACCGCAGAGAGAUCGCUGCCCUGCAGGAGAGGAACCACAAAAUGAUCGCGACAACCCAACAGCAGGAGCAGGUCAUUCACACAAUGAGUCACGACCUGAGGCAGGCUACUGAGAAACUGGCACUGGAAGAGGUUCGUGUGGAGAACAUUACCAAGGAGAGGGACAUGUUAAGACAGGCGGAGACUCGACUCUGUCGAGAGAAAGAAGCCAUCCUGGCUGAACAAUGCAACCAGAAUCUGCUGCUCACCAACCUCAAGUCCAUUCAGCUGAGUAUGGAGCGUACAGAGACAGAGACUCGCCAGCGGCUCAACAAUAGAAUAGAGCACCUGGAGAAAGAGCUGGCUUCAAUGAAGGCCAGGGUGGAACAGGAAGUUGCACAAAGACACGCUCUGGGCCGCACCAUGGAUGCUCAACUGUUGGAAGCAAAGAAGCAGCUGGAGACCCAGAACACACUUCAGCAGAAGACCAGGGAGCUGCUGCGCAGCUCUGAACAGCAGGUGGCUGCACUGAAGUCCCAGCUGGCGUCUGCAUCUUCUUCUGAGGCGACUGCGACCUCCAGCAGCACGUCUGCCCCGGUGACCAGAGCUGCAGGCCUCCGAGUGCCACUGAGAGUUCGUUCUCCAGUUCCUGCAGCGUCUCAGCAGCCCAGCCAAUCAGAGCAGGAGCUGUCAGAGCUAAAAGGUCUCCUCCGCAGCGCUGAAGAGCAAAGCACUGAACUAGCAGAGCAGCUGAAGACGGCAAACUCCACAGUGGAACAGUACCGAUCGGUGGUGCUCACUCUGGAGGACAGUCUGAAAAAAGAGAAAGAGUUACGUUCCCCUCUGGAGACCCAACUCAAGGAGACAGAAGAGCUGCAGAAGCAGCUGGAGAUGAGGAUUUUAGAGUUGGAAAAGAUGAAGGAACAAGAGCAGGAAGAGAAAAGGAAGGCUGUUGAAGCCGUGGAGAAACAAGUGUAUGAGCUGCAGCGCAGUCUGAAGGCAAGCCAGACGGAACAGCAGGAGGCGCUAGAGAGGGCGGCUGCUGCUGUCACACAGGAGCAGAAGGCCACACAGGACAGCCUCCUGCAGACCAAACUUGCUGCAGAGGCGCAGGGCAAGUAUGAGCGGGAGCUGAUGCUUCAUGCUGCUGAUGUUGAGGCUCUGCAGCAGCUGAAGAAGACAUCCCAACAAGAAGCAGCACGGAUUAGACGGCUAGAAGAAGAUCUGAAGAAGACUGCUGCUCUCCUUCAGGAGAAAACCUCUGCAUUAAACACAGUGGAGAAACAGCUGAAGGAGAACCUGGCCAAUCAGAUCCGUCGCUGCGAUGAGCUGGGAAAACAGAAUGCUCUUCUUCACCAGCAGAUGGAUGAAAUGGCUGCAAAGAGCCGCCUGCAGCAACAGCAGCAGCAGCUGGACCUGUCCUUCAGUGAGGAGGGGAAGACCACAGAACAGAUACUGGAGAUUCUCAGGUUUGUGAGGCGGGAGAAGGAAAUCGCCUUGGCUCAAUGUGAGGCAUACGAAGGCGAAGCUCUGCGCCACAAACAGCGAGUCGAACAUCAAGACAGAGAGCUGAAGGAGCUGCAGGAAGCUCUAAACUCAGAAAGGGAGAAAAUGCAGUUGACAACCAAGACCAUAGCCCAGCAGCAAGAACAACUGAAGAGGAUGGAGAGCAUCAACACUCUCCAAGAAACCAUCAAGGUGCUAAAAAUGGACAGAAGUAAACUGGAGCAGGAGCUGCAGCAGGCCCAAGCUAAAGUGACAAAGCUGCAGUCAGACAUCAGCCCUCUGCACAACUCUCUGUCUCAACUGUCAGAGAAGAACAGCUCCAUGCAGGCAGACAAGAGGCUGCUGGAGGAAGAUCUCAAACGAUGCAAGAACAGGAUACAGCAACUGAUUAGUCAGCAAAAAACCGGUGACUCUGAGGAGAGACAAAAACUGACAUCAGAGAGGGAGGCUCAACAGAAACGCAUCUCGCAGCUGGUUGAGGAGACGGCCAAGCUGAAGACUGAGCUGGCCAGAUCCACCGCUAGCAGUAACUCCGCUCACUCUCAAAUACAAGGCUUCAAGGACUCUAUAGUCCACCUGAUGUCAGAGAGAGACUCUCUCAAGAAAGACCUCGAAGCAAAAAACAACGACAUUCUAGAGAAGAACAAGACCAUCACCCAGGUGAAGAAGAUCGGGCGGCGCUACAAGACCCAGUACGAGGAGCUGAAAGCCCAGCAUGACAAGCUGGUCAGUGAAUCCGCUACCAAAGGAGGAGCUGAGCUGGCUCCAAGCCAGGAGGCGCAGCAGGAGCUGGCCAAAACUCAGGAGGAGCUCAAGAAGACCCAAGAGGAGUUGAACUCACUGAAAGAGGAGGUGCAGAAAAAGCUGGAGGAGGCCCAGAAAUCCCAACAGGAGUUGGAGGAAUCCCAGAAGGACAACCAGCAGACAAAGAAGAAGCUUCAGGAAAUCCAGAACCAGCUGACACAGCUUCAGUCCCAGUUAUCUCAGACUCAGAACCAGCUGCAGCAGAGUCAGAACCAGCUGACCCAAAGUCAGAAAGAGCUUCAACAAGCCAAGAGCCAGACCCAGCAGGUACAGAACCAGUUCAAGUCCGCGCAGGCUCAAGCUCUGACUCGUCAGACCAUGAUUCAGCAGAUCCAGAGGGAGCUCCAGCAGAUGAAAGACCAAAACGUCACAAAAAACAAAGAGCUUCAGCAGGCCACCCAGGAAGUCAACAACCUCAAAUCUGCUCUGACUCAAACGGAGACAAAGGUGACCGAGCUUCAGGGGCAGCUGGACAGUGUUCAGAAGACUGUUGCUGAGCGUGAACAAGAUGUAAAACGCUUGCAAGAUCAGCUGAAUGAAGCAAAGCAGAAUAAUGAAGCUGGAUCAGCCGUUCAGAUGAACCAGAACCAAAGUGAUCCUGCUGCUGGGGAUUCUAAUGAUGAGAUGGAGAAGCUUAAGCAGGAGCUGGCUGAGAGCAAAAACAGAGAAGAACAGCUUAAACAGCAGAUGGCUGAAAAAGAGGAGAAGACCAAAAAGGCCAUAGUUGGAGCCAAAGUUAAAAUCGGACAAGUAAACAGUGCUAAAGAGAAGCUCAGUCAGGAGGUUGAAGAACUGAAGCAAACUAAGGAGGAGCUGGAGGUGAGGAUGAAUGCACUGAAGUCUCAAUAUGAAGGACGAAUUCUUCGACUGGAAAGAGAGCUGAGAGAGUCUCAAGCGCACUCGGAGUCCAGAGAGGAACCACAGGACCAGAGCGGAACCAAGGCGAGUGAUCACAGCCGGACGUCAGAACAGCGACAGAUUUCAUUGAAGAGUCCUGCUCAAGACAGAGGAAGUUCCAGCCUCGCUGAACCUCCCACUGCCAACAUCCGUCCCACUCCAAGUACUCCGUCUCCUAGCAACAAGCCAAGCACCUCUACUGGCAGCAAGGCAACACCCCGUGCCAGCAUCCGACCCAUGGUAACCCCAGCAACGGUCCCAACGCCAACACCUACAGCCACCGUCAUGCCGACAACUCAAGCUGAAAGUCAAGAGUCUCUGAUGAGUGCAGGAGCUUCGGUUCACUCCACCAGCUCCUCUCUGAUGAACACUCAAACCUCCAUGACUCAACCAACCAGCACUCAGGCCACCGCUUUCGUUCAGCCCACCCAACAGCAGGCGGCCAGUCAGGAUGCAGGCUCCAGCACGGAGGCGGAGCGACCAUCCACAUCCUCAUCCCUGACAGGAACAGUUACAUCCAAGAGAACUCGAGAGGAGGAAGAGGAGGAGGAGCAAAGCCGGCCGGAGAGUUCCCAUGUAGCCCCAACAAAAAAACUACGACUCAAACAAACUAUUGCUCUGCAGAUUAAAAGUGAUGAAGAAGAAGAGCUAAGGAAUGAAGAAGGAGAGCGGGAUUCACCAGAUGACACUCGGGAUCUCCCAGAUGAGGAUUAUCCAGUUUUAGCUGCUGAGAUCGAGGAGGAGAACGUCUCCCAGUCUGUCCCCUUCGAUCAGAGCUCCCAAGGCUCCGCUGUAAUCCGGGAUGUGAUCGUGAUCGACACGGACAGCGAGAGUCGGGAGAGCAAGGAGGGCGAGCAAAAGCAGGAAGCAGACGGUGAAGAGGAAGAGGCAGAGGAAGAAGAGGAGCAGGAAGAAGAGUUUGAUGUUGCCGCUGACAGCAGAAUGACGGGAGAAGAUGAGGGGAACGAGGAGAGCAGAGAAGCAGAGACGGAGGAGGAGGAAGCAUCGUCAGGAGGUGUCCACUCUGAGGAGAGCGCCUGUGGAGUGUCCUCAGGCUCUCAAAUCACCUCAGAGCAGAUUCAGAGCGGGGAGGGUACCAGUGGUGGCUCGACAGAAGCUGAAGCCCCCAGAGAGCCCAUACACCUCCCCUCUGGCUGCUCCUCAUCGCACCUCACGCCCUCGCCCCCCGUCACAUCCCGUCUCCUCCACAUACGAAGGCCCAGAGACACUCUACUGCCUCAGCUCAACAUCCAACCUCCUGCCCCUGAACUGGGACCCCCCCACUCACAGAGACAGUACUCUCAGUCACGCAGAACAUCGGCGGGUCGUGGGCCUCAGCUAACUCCUGGAAUAGGCACAAUGCCUUUCUUUGAUGAAGAUGACAGAAUGGUUCCCAGCACCCCCACCCUGGUUGUUCCACAUCGCACUGAUGGCUUUGCUGAAGCAAUACACUCUCCUCAGGUGUCGCAUUUGCCCAUCAGCUUCAGAUUUGGGGCUCCGGAGGACUUGCUGCCACAAACAUCAGCUUCACAUUCAGAUUUGGGUCAGCUGGCCUCUCAUGGAGGUCUGGGAAUGUAUGAAUCUCCUCUUUUCCUGGCUGCUCAUGAUGAAGACGGAGGAGGAAGGAGUGUCCCCACCACUCCUUUGCAGGUGGCUGCACCAAUGACUGUAUUCACAGAGACGCUUCCUUCAGACACGGUGGACAACAUGGCCUCUCAGUCAGUUCCCAUGGUAACUGCUUCCACCGAGAUGGUUCCUGCUGCAGAUGAUGGAGAUGAAGUCUUUAUGGAGCAAGAAGGAGAUGGUGCGAGCAUCGAGUCUUCUCUAGAGAGCAUGGAGUCGACAAGACAACCGGCCGAGGAGUCUUCACUGCCAUCAACCAGCCAAGACCCAGACACGAGCAGCGCUGCUCAGCGGCGUGCAGUGACGAGUCAGCCUUUGAUAAGCCGCCUCACCAGCUCAGGCAGGAAGAUGUUUCUGAGCCGUCCAGGAGGAAGAGGAGGAGCCUCAGGCAGAGGAGGCGUGUCCUAAUGAAGAUCCCACCAGUUUCAUCCACAAGGACACAAAGAAAACCACACUCUACGUUUUUCAGUUCAAUUAUAUAAAUCAAUACGAGAAAUCUGUGACAAUUUUUUUAAAUCUUCUUAGUUUCUGCUCUAAAUGUUAUAUUUGACAAAGUCUUUUUUUUGUUCUGUUCAAGCAGUUUACUCUGGUGUUUUAAUAAUAAAGUAACCGGAAUUAGCAACA